AUGAGCAGUUCAGAUCCAGACAUCCCUGGGGGCAAUGUCGGUGCAAAGAGUCAAAGUAAAGAGUCGCCUUCUCCCCAAAGCGGAGAUCGUGGUGACUUGAGUCCAUCAGUGGCAAGCAAGGUGAGGGCGUUUGAGGUCGAUGAUAAAGCAGCGGAAGAGCGGCAAGACGAGAAGACGAUCGAUGGCGAUACUGCCCUAGAAGAGGAGGAGGGAGAUGAAGCUUUGGCUAGAACACUUACGCUUACAAAUUGCGUAUCAAUGGUCGUUGGUGGCGUGAUUGGAUCCGGGAUAUUUGUGAGUCCUACCGGAGUGCAACAAUCGGCUGGUUCCGUGGGAGCAUCGAUAAUUAUCUGGAUAUUGUGCGGAUUUUGGUGCGGAUUGGGAGCUUAUAUCUAUGCGGAAUUGGGAGUUCUGAUCACAAGGUCCGGAGCAGACUACGCUUACAUAAUGGAGGCACCAGUUGCUGUAACGGUGAAAUCUCUCACGUUUGCACUCUACAUAAUCCGGCCGUUCUAUCCAGAUUGCGAUCCACCUGAUGGAGUUGUGGAACUUUUGGCUAUAGUCAUGAUAAUGUCGCUUAGCGGGAUCAACUGCUAUUCUGUGAACGCUGUAAGGAAACUCCAAGAUUGGUUCACUGUCACCAAGGUGCUUGCCCUACUUAUGGUUAUCGUGACAGGAGAUUUUCUUUUGAUUUUCGGAGGUUCACAAUAUUGGGACUCCUUUGACCAUCUCUUCGAAGGCAACUUUCGAACGUUUGGGUCUGCCGCGAUUGCAUUCUACUCCGGAGCAUUCGCUUAUCAAGGAUGGGCGUAUCUGAACACCGUCACAGAGGAGAUCAUUGAUCCAAAAAGAACCUUACCUCUCGCAAUUAUGAUUUCGAUGAUUAUAAUUACCUUUGUCUAUGUUUUCUACAAUAUUGCCUUGUAUGUUGUUCUCUCUCCUGAUGAAUUGAUUCUACAUGCAGCUGCUUCUGAGGUAUUCGCACACAAAGUCUACGGCAACUUUUCUUUCAUAAUGUCACUGUUUGUCGCUAUAUCAACGUUCGGAUCUGCAAAUGGCACUAUUAUGAUGAGCUCCAGUGUAAUCAUCGGCUUUCAGGGCUUUAUAUCAAUUCUGUAUAUUUUUCUGUCCUCAAAUGUUUUCGUGCUUAUCAACGCAGCUCAAACCACAUGUUGGGUCGCUUAUACACUUGCGGCCUUAGCACUGUUGGUUCUUCGUUAUAAAAUGCCUGAUGCAGACAGACCCGUCAAGGUGCAGCUACUAUACGUUUGCCACAAACAAAGCAGAUAUAUGUAA